UAUAGUACCGUAUUUAUACUAUAAAUUAUAAAAUAGAACAUUGAUGUAUAGGUCUGAAAAGAGAAAUGAAAACUCCACAUUCCACACCAAGCCCACCUACAUUAUUAUCAUUAUUGAUCAAAAGUCCACCUACAUUAUUAAAAGAGAGAAACAGGUAAUAAAUCAACCUUGUUAAAGCAAAGCUACUAAUCACAUGGACAAAUAACGGUGAGUAAAUGAGUAUUAUGGCGCGUAGAGCGAACGCGCCGUCGGCUAACAGCAGCCGAGGACUCAAUGGGAUUUGUGACACUUGUCAUUAAAUUUUUGUUUGCUUCCUUUCCCUUCGCAUUCAUCUCCACUGUCCUCCCUAAAAAGAAGCUUAUAGUAUUUAUAUAUUUAGGCUAAAACAAGAGACCUCACACUCUGGAUAUUCUUUUUCUUCUUCCUUUUAGGUUCUUUACAAAGAAUCAAGAAGAUGAAGUCAUCAUCGGCGUUGCUCACAAGCUUAAACCAGAUACAGCCAUCUUCAUCUCCGACGAGAAAACCACCGAAGCAAAAGAGGAAGGCAACGACGUCGAACGAUAACAAACCCAUCAAAGUCCGUUACAUAUCGAAUCCCAUGAGAGUAGAGACUUGCCCUUCUAAGUUCAGAGAGCUUGUUCAAGAACUCACCGGUCAAGACGCCGCCGAGCUACCUCCGGAGCCCACCACUUACGCCGCCGCAGAUCCCCAACAAGAGGAGAUAAAUCCUGAGCCGUUGGAAGAAGGGGUCAGUGAGUAUUAUUCACCGCUGGAUGAAGAAGUUUUUAGUGCUCCUCAAAUGUCGGCAGGUCUGUCUGCGUUUUUCUCGUCUGGGUUUUACAAUGUGAAUGCCUUAGGGAGCAUUGGCUCUCUCUGAAAAUCUUAUAUAUAUAUAUAUAUAUAUAUUUUAAAAGGUGUCACACCGAUCAGAAGAAGAAAUCGUCUUAUAGUUUAGGGUUUUGUCGAUACCUAUAUAUAUGGAUAUACUAUAACAUAUGGAGUUCUGUUUUUCUUAUUUCGUUUGGUUUGUGGCGAAUUAUUUGCGGUUGUGAGUAAAUAAAUCGUUUUCACAUCAAGGAAGAAAUAUUGUAUUUUUUGGUUAAUAAUCUAAAUUUUAAAGUAA